UGGGAUUUUUUUAGAUAUGGGGCCUUUCGGAAUCAGUUACUAUAAAAAAUUUAUCUACAACAGUUUUUUGGUUUUAUCUCUUUUCCAUUACUCUUUUCUUCCAAACAAUUAGGGGUUUCACCUCUAUCAUCUUCAAGCUCCGACGGCCGUCUCGUCCUCCUGUCGGAGGCAUCCUUGUGCUCCUUCACUUCUGAUCUUCUUCGUUUGUCUCUGUCUCUUCUUAUGGCAUAAGGAGAGGUUCAAUUACGUUAAGAUCUGAAAACCUUGUUAGAUCUUUCGGCUUCUUGGUGGUUUGAAGAUGCGUGAGGACAACUACCUUCUUCCUCCGGGCUCGCCUCUGAUCUCUUUGGUUCUCCGGUUAUUUUCUGUGUUCGUGGCUGUCCUCUCCCAAGUGUGACAUCAUAGGUAACCAAAGUAACCAUGUUACCCCGAUUCGGUUCGGGUAUUUUGUAUCCAAACUACCUAAAUGUACCAAAAAAUAACCAAAAAUACUCAUUAGAUACGGCUUUGUUUGAGUAUUUCUAUCCAAACUAUCAUAUUUUAUCAGAAAAUACACAAAAGUAUUGAAAAUAACUAAUAUAUUUAAUUUAUAAUUUUAAUUUAAAUUAUUAAAAUAAUUAUACAUAUAAUUAUAAAUAAUAUUUGUAAAUAUAUAUUUCGGAUAUCUUCGGAUACUCAUUAGGUUCUCGGUUCGGAUCGGAUUGGGUACCGGUUCUUCGGAUACAUCAAUUUAAGACUCAUUCAGUUAUUUACCCCGGGUCCGAUCGGGUUCGAGAUCCUGAUUUUCGGGUCAGUUUCGGGUUGGUUCUUCGAUUCCGGAUAUUUUGCCCAAGCCUUAACGGUUACUAAUAAACUACUUCAGCACAUAAGACAUAACAUAAAGCCAAGAAAACUAAUCUCACACAACAAACAGAUGGAAUGCCCUCAAGUUAAAGGUUUUCACAAAGCGAAGGAUCAACCCUGUUUCUGGCUUGGAACAUACCUCAAUUCCUUUGCAAAUGGUUAAGAAGAAACCUCCACCAUCUGAUGGCUGUAACACGAAUCCGUCUGCUGUACUCAAAGCUCAAGCUGUGAGAAGUUCGUCAAGCAACAUUCACACAGCGUCUGUAACAAACAAAUACAAAAACAGGUACGACAACGGAUAUAUCUUGCUACCAACAUAAACUUGGUACCACCCUCAACUCAACUCACACAAACUCAUCUCUUUUAAAACAACUAACAAUCAGCGGAAAGCGCGGAUACACCCUGUAAAUAAAAAAACUCUAUAAUAAAACUUUAGAGAAAUUAUCAAAAUCCCAUUCAAACCCAUCUGCUUGGUUCCAAAGGUUAUACGUAGAUAAAAAAACUUUAAAUACACAUACACAUACCACCACAUACACACAUACACACAUACAUAUCAAGUCAUUAACAUUCACAGGCGCUUCUCUUCCCUCUCUUGCUCGAGCUUUUUAGCCUUUGGUUUCUACGGGUAACCUCUUUCUCUUCCCCGAAAACUAUUUCUAUCUUCUCAGAGACAAAGAGAGGAAAGAGAUACAGAGAUCCAAAGCAAAAGCAACCUUGUCCGUUUGCUUCCUCUUUCGUGUGAAAGAUUCGUAUCCCUUUUAUCCGGCAAACUCACGGCGGCGAUCCACUUUCCUCUGUCUCUUCUAUGGCACACAGUGAAGCGUGUUAAAUCUUUGUUUUUUUUCUUUUGUGUUAAAAAUCAAAAAAGAAAUGAAGAGGGUUAGAGAAGAGGUCUACGUUGAACGAGGAGGACAUGCUGUUUCGUCUCGAGGUGAAACAAAUGGUAAGGCUCUAACGAUUGGUGGAGGAGGAAACAUGGGAGGGCUGACAACAGGUGAUGCCUUGAGCUACCUCAAAGCUGUGAAAGAUAUGUUUCAGGACAAGAAAGACAAGUAUGACACUUUCCUUGAAGUCAUGAAGGACUUUAAAGCUCAGAGAGUUGACACAAGUGGUGUCAUAGCGAGAGUAAGAGUGUUGUUCAAGGGCUAUGAUGACUUGCUUUUGGGGUUUAAUACCUUCUUGCCCAAAGGGUACAAGAUAACCCUUCCUGAGAAGAAGGCAGUUGAUUUUGGAGAAGCUAUUGAGUUUGUUAACAAGAUCAAGGCGCGGUUUGGAAGUGAUGACCGUGCAUAUAAAAAGUUUCUAGACAUCUUGAACAUGUAUAGAAAGGAAAGCAAGUCUAUCUCUGAUGUAUAUCAAGAGGUUACUCUGUUGUUCCAGGACCAUGAAGAUCUGCUUGUGGAGUUCGCCCAUUUCUUACCUGAUAAUUCAGGACCAGGUUCUGCUCAUUACCCUCUGUCCGGAAGUAACGCAGUACCAGGUGCUCCAGUUCCUGCAAUGCAUCCAAGGAAUUUUGAGAAGAGAAUAAAAAUACGGAAUGAGUAUACUGAACACUCUGAUCAACGAGAAGAUGGUGACGAGAACCUUGUGGCUUGCUCUGCUGGUAAUUCUCUGGGAAGAUACCUGAAGGUAGAGGACAAAGAGGGUAUUCAAGAUUAUGAAAAUGGCAGUAAAGACAAUGGAAGUCACAAAAUUCUACUAUCUUCCAGCAACCAUGUGGCCAAGGGUAUUAAUGAACUGGAUCUUUCUGAGUGUGCUCAAUGUUCUCCAAGUUAUCGUCUCCUUCCAGAUGAUUAUCUUAUUCAGAUCCCAAGCUACAGAAAUACACUAGGUGAAAAGGUACUUAACGACCACUGGGUAUCUGUCACAUCGGGGAGUGAGGACUACUCAUUCAAACACAUGCGUAAAAACCAGUAUGAAGAAAGCUUGUUUCGAUGCGAGGAUGACAGGUUUGAGUUAGACAUGUUAUUAGAGUCUGUGAAUGCAGCCAUUAACCGUGUGGAAGCUCUUUUGGAGAAGAUCAACAACAACACAAUCUCUAUAGAGACGCCAAUUUGUAUCAAAGAACACUUAUCAGAGCUUAACCUAAGAUGCAUUGAGCGGUUGUACGGAGAUUAUGGGCUUGACGUCAUGGAUUUUCUGAAGAAGAAUUCUCAUAUAGCCUUACCGGUGAUACUAACUCGAUUGAAGCAGAAACAAGAAGAAUGGGCUAGGUGUCGCUCUGAUUUCAGGAAAGUAUGGGCUGAAGUAUAUGCUAAGAACCAUCACAAGUCACUAGAUCAUCGAAGCUUCUAUUUCAAGCAGCAGGACUCCAAGAAUCUGAGCACAAAAGGUUUAGUGGCGGAAAUAAAAGAUAUCAGUGACAGAAAGCAUAUAGAAGAUCCGCUUCAUGCCAUUGCUGUGGGAACUAAGCCCUCUUUCACCCCUGAUGUGGAGUUCAGUUACACUGAUACACAAGUUCAUGCUGACCUUUAUCAACUAAUCAAGUAUUAUUGUGAAGAGAUAUGUGCUACGGAACAGUCGGAUAAAGUAAUGAAGCUGUGGGUAACCUUUUUGGAGCCCAUGUUUGGCGUUCCUUCUAGGUCUCAAACUGAUGAGACAGUGAUAGAUGUUGCAAAGUCCAAAGACAACCAAGAGCAGCGUGAGGCAGUGAAAGACAACACCCGUGGCGGCUCUCCUGUCUCAAACCUUAAACCACUAACACCUCCAAAAACACCCAAUAAAGAAAAUCCAACAAUAGGAAGCUCCUUUGCUGGUGCAGCUAUGAAUACUGAGGAUAGCCAGCCUAAGCUGGUGUCACCAAAGGAUUUGGUAAUAGAGGAUUUAGAGAAUCGUAGUAAGGUUAGUGUUGUAUCAAUGGGAGAGCCCCAUAAGGUUGAGCGAGAAGAGGGUGAAUUAUCUCCCACCGAAAGUUUUGAGCAUGACAACUCGGAGGUUUGUAGAGACAAUGGCGUCGAGUCUGUGCAGAAACUGCCAGACAAUGUAAGAAGUAAUACAUCCCCUGAAGAUGAUGGAAGUAAACCUACUCAAAAGUUAUUAGAAGCGAAUGAAAACGCCUCUAAAGUUCCGGCUUCAGGAAGCAAGUUUGGUGGCCAAGUUUCUUUAGAUGAAGAGCAUAAAAGAGCUAUGAAUUGUGACCAGCUUGAUGAAUCCUUCUCCACAUUUUCAGAACGGUCUCUGCAACCUGUAAAGCCCCUUGCAAAGCAUGUUCCUGUGGCACUACAUGACUCCCCCAAUGAUUCUCGAGUUUUCUAUGGGAAUGAUUCAUUUUAUGUUCUUUUUAGGCUUCAUCAAAUGUUGUACGAGAGAAUACUAUCUGCAAAGAUACAUUCAGAGAGGAAAUGGAAAGCUCCAGAUCGAGAUAACACAUCUCCUGAUUCUUAUACCAGGUUCAUGGAUGCCCUCUAUAAUUUACUUGACGGCUCGAGUGAUAACACAAAGUUUGAAGAUGAAUGCCGAGCUAUUAUUGGAGCACAAUCAUAUAUUCUCUUCACAUUAGACAAGCUAGUUCAGAAGUUUGUCAAGCAUAUUCAUGCGGUUGCAGCUGACGAGACAGACACCAGGCUACUGCAACUACAAACAUAUGAGAGCUACAGAAAACCAGGAAGAUUCUUUGAGAUAGUGUACCAUGAGAACGCCAGAGCCCUUCUCCAUGAUCAGAACAUAUACAGGAUUGAAUAUUCAUCUGCACAGACCCGUCUGUCGAUUCAACUUAUGAACAGCGGGAAUGACCAGCCUGAAGUUACAGCAGUAGCAGUGGAACCAGGUUUUGCUAAUUAUUUGCAGAAUGAGUUUCUUUCGCUUCUACCUGAUGAAGAAAAGCCUGGUCUGUUUCUUAAGAGGAAUAAGGCGAAAAUGAGCGGUCUAGAUGAAUCUUCAGGGAUGUCGCGUGCAAUGGAAGGAUUGAAGAUUAUCAAUGAGGUUGAAUGUAAGAUGGCUUGCAGUUCCUCCAAGGUCAAGUAUGAACCAAAUACAUCAGAUCUUUUGUAUAGAAGCAAGCAGAAGAAACCAAAACUGAGUCCAAAUGGGCUUGACAAUGAUAAAACUACUCCUAGUAGCAGUGAAAUCUCUAGAAAGAAGAGAAAAUCACGUUUUCACACAAGUCUUAACCGUAGACUUGUUUCCUUGCGUUAAAAACGCGGCUCCAAGCACGUGUGAAUGUUCUUGGCUGAGAUAUGCAAGCAAAGCAUCAGUUAGUGGUAGAGACUAGAGACCAAACUGUCUUUUUGACAAGAUUAUUGACAUAAUUUUGGCUCAUAGAGUGUUUGCAUGACAGCAUGAGAACCGUUUAUUUUACUAAAUUGCGUCUGGAGAUGCCAGUUUUGGUGUAUAGUGUAAGAUUUAUAUAUGUACCACCAGACAAUGCUAGUGUCUGAGAUUUUGAAUUCAUUCAUUCAAACAAAUGUUGGAUCCCUUCUAAUGUUAUGUUUCUCUUUCAUUAAA